UAUUAACACGAACAAAAUGGAAGCAUUGAAACCAUGCCCAAUUUUUGAAUUUAAUAAAAAUCAAUUAUUAAAUGUGAGGAAAACUCUUGGUUAUGAUGAUGUCAAUAAGUUAAAACAAGACUUGGAUCAAUUUGAGGAUUGGAUCAGCAAACAGCCUCAUUUUAUGGUGAAAGAAUUUGACCGAGAUUUUCUCGAGCGCUACCUCAUCUACUGCAAAGGGUCCAUCGAGAGAGCGAAGCAGCGCUUCGACAAACUAUGCACUUACACCAACCAGAUGCCAGAGUUCUUGCAGAACUUUGAUAUUAGAAAUGAGUUUGUUCACCUGUUUAAUAUUUGCGAUACUUUCAUAUUGCCGAAGCCAGGUGCCGACAACUACCGAGUUAUAAUAUCUAGGGUUACAGGAGUAGAUGACGACAAAUUCGAAUUGAUAUCUUUUUAUAGAUAUACGAUUGCGUUGAUUACAUACAUGAUGCAUAAUGAUUACUGUCAUGGUUACGAGCUGGUUGGAGAUUGUAGGAGCAUUACUCUGGGAACUGUGAAGACAUUGAAUCCAGUUACUAUACAUAAGGGCCUUACGUUGAUUUCGGAAGCUUUAGGUCAAAGAAUGAAGAAGUUGCACCUCAUAAGUGGUUCUAAGUUCUUUGAUACCGUUUUGGUAGUAAUGAAGCAAGCUCUCACUGGUAAACUGGCUCAAAGACUUGUCGUACAUGACUGUGUCGAGUCGUUAUAUGAACAUAUACCUAAAGAGCACCUUCCAAAAGAAUUUGGAGGUAAUGAGAAGACUUCUAAGGAGUUGGCUGAAAUGGACUUCAAAGAAAUGAGUUCUGAUAAGCAUAUUGCGGUGUUGAAGAGGAUGGAAACAGCUACCACGGACGAGUCCCUCCGAUCGUCUACCAAGUUUAACGAGGAGUAUUCUGGCACACCAGGCUCCUUCAAGACAUUGUGUGUAGAUUAAAAAAUAUUUAUUAAGUCUUGGUUGGUAAUUGGGAUAAAUAUAGCAGUUUUGUUUAU